CCAGACCCGUGCGCUGAAACUCUCUUCUCUCCUGCUGCAGACGAAGUCUAUUCACCAUGGGGAGGAUUGGCAAGGAGGUGGCAGGUCAGGUCAUAAGCUUCAUAGGCUUCGUUGGGGUGGCGGUGACCACUGGGAUCCCCAUGUGGAGAGUGACCUCCUUCAUUGGAGCCAACAUCGUGACGGGACAGGUUAUUUGGGACGGCCUGUGGAUGAACUGCGUGAUGCAGAGCACCGGGCAGAUGCAGUGCAGGCUGAACGAGUCUCUUAUGAGUCUGACCAGGGACCUGCAAGCCGCCCGAGCCCUGGUCAUCAUCUCCCUCAUCUUCGGCUUCAUCGGCAUCCUGCUCACCUUCGUCGGGGCCAAGUGCACCGGCUGCCUGGAAAAGGAUUCUUCAAAGGCCAAGGUGGUGAUCAUAGGCGGCUGUCUCAUCAUUGUUUCUGCCGUCCUAGUCCUGAUCCCCGUCUGCUGGUCCGCAGCCAUCACCAUCACAGACUUUCAGAACCCCUUGACCAUUGGGUCACAGAGGAGGGAACUUGGAGCCUCAAUCUACAUCGGCUGGGCCUCUGCUGCGCUACUUCUGAUCGGUGGGAUCACCCUAACCACGUCCUGCCCUCCUCAAAGGGCCACGUCUGGAUACCCAGGGUACCCACCAGCACCGAUGUACCCUUACGCAGGCCCAGGGCUAAACCCGGCAGCGUAUGGCCCUGUGUAUGCGCCUGCAUCCAGCCAACCGUACACAGGCACUGGGACAUAUUUACCUAGCAAACCUUUUGCAGCACCAUCCGCAUACUCUGGUAGACAAUACCUCUAAAACCUGCCUGGACAGAAGGAGGAUGAAGACUGAGAUUUCUGCCAGCAUGACUUCAGUAAAUUGUUAUGCCUUUAUUAAGUAAAAUUGCAUCAAAAUACUCAUUGUAUUUCUAAAGCAUGGUAUAUAUUCCAAUGCAUUGUUUGGAUGUAUAAUGAAGCCACUCAAACAAGCCCUGUGACCUUUUUGGAUAUUGUCAAUCUGUCAUGAAAUGUUUUCUCUUUUGGAUUGAUUCUGUGCUCUAAAGUAGAAAUCCUCUCACUUUAUGAAGUCUUGAUGUCAGAUGAAUAUUAUGUCAACAUGGCUGUGUGCACUGAAAGUUGCAUUGUUUUUCACUGUUUCCAGCAAGUCACUGUCCAUAUAUUUAUUUUCUUCUCACGCAGAG